AUGGCCGAGACUUGUAUAGUCUGCCUUGGCGAUCUCGUCCACCCCGACGAAGGUCCUCCCGCUACCGAGUUGCCAUCAGCAAUCGACUCGCUUACAGAUGGGCUUGAUGCCAACCCUGGUAAACCGGAUGCAUUCACCACGGUAGCUCCGGAACAACCAAAGGUCGACGAGAUGGUUGCACACCUGCUGCCAUGCGGCCACAAUUUACACAACGACUGCCUCAAACCCUGGGUGGAGAGAGCCAACAGCUGUCCGAUCUGCCGAGCCAGCUUCAACAUGGUCGAGCUCAGUGCGCGUGUAGGAGGCCCAAAACUAUCCGAGUAUGCUGUUAAAGAGAAGCAACAAGUCGCCGACAUCGACCCUUCCAUGAUCGUCGACGAGGACUACGCCCUCGAGGAUGACGGAAGCUAUGACGCAUGCAUGGUGUGUGAUGAGUUUGGCGAUGCAUCACAGCUCAUGUUCUGCCACAGCUGCGAGCAGCUCUGCCACGUGUUCUGCGCCGGUCUUGACGAGAUGCCGAUACGCGGCGCCUGGUACUGUCAAGGCUGUAUGGAAAACCCGGCGCUUCUUGAGGCGGCAACCCGCCGGCGAACCAAUCCACGGGGCCCUGCAGCCUGGAUCAGUGGACGCAGCCGUGUCCCUCGACACAAUCGAGCUCCAGAUGAAUGGGUUGGGGUGUGGCAGAGCGUAUGGAAUCGACUGCAAUGGGACAUUGACUUUCCUUUCGAGGAUGAAGACCAGUCUGAAAACCAGUCCGAAUUUCUAAGACGGGAGGCUCACGAAUGGGAACGACGUUUCGAGCUUGCUCGCCAGAUGGGUGCUGGCACUCGAUUUCGCGCCGCCGCCGACAACAUUCACUCACGCCGCCGAGGCUCGAAUCGAUCCGCACGAUCCACAAAUCGAUCACUCCAUCGUGAAGCGCCCAAGACACCUAGAGACCCAGAGUCACAAGAAGAGAUCAGCGCUUGGAAUCAAUUCGAGAAGGCACGAAACCAGCUUGCGCAGUUGGGUGAUGUUCCAGCGCCACCUGAAAGCACUACCAGCAGCCGACGAGGACGCAAGCGAAAAUCUGUCGAUUCCUCACCUGCAGGUGCCGAGUCCGCUGAACAGCAGCCAGAGCGCAAGCUGAAACGCCCACGAACCCGCCUGCACAUCGAUAGUGGAAGGGGCGAAUCAUCCUCUGCGGCAGCCCGCCGCAACACUACUACCCACGAAGGCGUUCAAGAGCCAGCCACGUCACCGCCAGCUGGCGAGUCGGCCAACGCUCCCGGAUUUCUUGCUUCUCUACUACAAGAGGUCGAAGUUGACCGUUUCGCAGAGCGCGACAGAGAGAUCGCCGCCCCACAACCCAAGCGCAUUAUUGUGGAGCGAGCUUGCUCACCCCAGAACUCGUCUCCCGGUCUAUCACCGGUGUACCAGCAACCCCGUGCUGGUUUGACGACACCGCCACCUCUCAACCUCACACGCCCUAAGUCACCUGCAGAACAUGAUGAGGGCUCACCAACGUAUUCACCUUAUUCACCUGCAGACGAUGAGCGAGUCGGUCGUCGCAGGCUGACGCAUCGUGCUGUGGGCCUCAGCAGCCCACCUCGGUCAAAGGACUCGUCACCUUCGCGGCCGCCGACACUUUCUUACUCCACCAAGGCUGAGCUGCAGCGCAUGGUGACUGCUGUUCUCAAGCCACUAUAUCUGAAGAAAGAGGUCACGAAGGAAGAAUACACCGACGUUAAUCGCGAUGUCUCACGCUUGUUGUACGACAAAGUUGGUGAUGCUGGCGCUGCUGCCCUGGCAGAUCAAGAGACUAGGGAGAAGUGGCAGCGUAUGGCGAGCGACGAGGUUAAUGGUGCUAUCAAGUCAUUGCGUACUGCUGAUGUUGCAGCGUUGUCGCCUGCCGCUGAUGAGUUUGCGUCAUCGUCUUCGUGA